GUCCCUCUGUCUUCCUCUCCUGCUAACUAACAGUUAGCCAUGCAUACAUUAAUGUUUCUAAUUCUGCUCUUAUGGAUGUGUGGAUGCAGCGCAGGAGUACAGUCACAGCACAGUCUGCAGAAAUCACAGAGAGAAGCAGCAGUGCUGACCUCCUGUGACUUUAACCAGGACAGUGACCCCUUCUGCAGGUUCAGUCAGGACAACACAGACAGCAAUGACUGGACAAGACACAAAGGUCCAACCCCGACAGAUGGCACUGGUCCCAGUGGAGACUACCCUGAUGGAAAGGGCUACUAUAUUUACCAUGAGGCCGACAAUGUGGCUAAUGGACAGAAAGCUCGUCUGCUGAGCCCAGCCCUCUCAUCAUUGGCCUCUCAGAUCUGUGUCCAGUUUCAAUACUAUAUGUAUGGUUCAGACAAUAACAAUGUCUUGAGGGUACUGGCCAGGAGGCCUGGAGCUGAGGAGGAGGUCUGGAAGAAGACAGGAAUCCAGAGUCCAUCCUGGCUGCAGGGCUCAGUCACUGUGUCAAAACCCAGCAGUCAGAGCGUCACUAUUGCCUUCGAGGCUCAGAAAGGCUUCAGUCCUUUCUGUGACUCAGCUCUGGACAACAUUGUCAUUACUGAAGGAGCAUGUCCCUCUUGUGUUUCUGGCUGUGACUUUGACACUCUUGGUGACCUGUGUGGGUGGAUGACACAAGCUGACAAUCCCAAUGUGUUUGGCUUUGAUCAGUGGAUUGGGCCAACGGACACUGAAGGCACCGGACCUGAUGAUGACUUCUCCAAACCUGGAUUGGGUGCCUACAUGUUGAUGGAUUCUUUUGAGGCUAUCCCUGGAGUCAAAGCUCAGAUCAGAAGUUCUCUAAUAACCCCCUCCUCUGGAUGUUUGGACCUCACCUUCCACUAUUACCUCUAUGGCACCAGCACCACCAUGGAGCUUAGCGUCCACACUAUUACCACAGGUGGAAGCCUUGGACCUGCUCUCUUCACUGUCAGGGGGAACCAGGGUCAAGGAUGGAAACCAGCAGAGGUCCGCUACCUGGGAAAUGCUGCCAUUCAGUUUGUGAUUGUGGGUACCUUUGGAGAAACUCCUCAGACAGAUAUUGCGGUUGAUGCUGUAUGUGUCUUGGCCUGCAAAGCUCUGCCAACAACUCCUCUACCACCAGUAACAACUCCAGGACCAACUACUCCAAAACCAACCACUCCAGGACCAUCUACUCCAAAACCAACAACUCCAGGACCAUCUACUCCAAAACCAACAACUCCAGGACCAACUACUCCAAAACCAACCACUCCAGGACCAUCUACUCCAAAACCAACAACUCCUGGACCUACCACACCUAAACCAACAACUCCUGGACCUACCACACCAAAACCAACCACUCCAGGACCAACUACACAUAAACCUACAACUAAUGGGCCUACCACACCUAAACCGUCAACUCCAGGACCAACUACUCCAAAACCAACAACUCCAGGCCCCUCUACUCCUAAACCAACAACUCCAGGACCAUCUACUCCUAAUCCAACAACUCCUGGACCUACCACACCUAAACCAACAACUCCUGGACCUACCACACCAAAACCAACGACUCCUGGACCAACUACACAUAAACCUACAACUAAUGGGCCUACUACACCUAAACCGUCAACUCCAGGACCAACUACUCCAAAACCAACAACACCAGGACCAACUACUCCAAAACCAACAACUCCAGGACCAACUACUCCAAAACCAACAACCCCAGGCCCCUCUACUCCUAAACCAACAACUCCUGGACCAACUACACCUAAACCAACAACUCCUGGACCUACAACACCACAACCAACAACUCCUAGACCAACUACACCCAAACCAACAACUCCUGGACCCACUACACCAAAGCCAACAACUCCGAGACCAACUACGCCUAAAACAACAACUCCUCAACCAACAACACCUAAACCGACAACUGCUGGACCAACAACACCCAAGCCACCAAAACCAUGUCCUCCUGAUUCAGAGUAUAUAGACUGUGGUCCAGCUUGUUUCCCCACCUGUAUGGAACCCUCCACCAACUGUUCUGGCUCUUGUAUCAGUGGCUGUUUCUGCAAACCAGGGUUUGUCUUCAAGGGACGGCGCUGUGUGCCUCUGGAGAAAUGUGGUUGUUUGGAUGACCAGAAUAACUAUUAUGAGCCUGGCGAGAUUGUUUUUGGUGAUGGCUGCUCAAAGCUGUGUCGCUGUGUAGGGAACUACACUUUGGAAUGUGUUGAUAACUCCUGUGACACAUCUGAAGAGUGUCGCGAUGUCAAUGGUGUGUCAGGCUGCUAUCCUAAAGAUACAUCCACAUGCAUAGCGUCUGGUGAUCCCCACUACACCACCUUUGACAAACGCAAAUACAACUUCAUGGGCAACUGCAGUUAUUUGAUGUCUGCACCCUGCAAUGAAACGACUCUGCCAUACUUUGAGGUCAAUGUCGACAAUGAAAAUCGCUAUAACAGGCCCACCAUCUCCUAUGUAAAGGCUGUACAUGUAUAUGUACAUAUGGUGAAGAUCUCGAUCCUCAAAGGUGGAACUGUGCAGGUGAAUGGGACCAAUGUAAACCUGCCAGUGACUCCAGCCCCUGGUGUCUCUGUGUUCAAGUCAGGACAGCACUACACUGUGUCUAUGAACUUUGGUGUAACUGUUCGCUAUGACGGAAACCACUUCAUGGAUAUCAAAGUGAUCAAAGACUAUCAGAAGAAGCUGUGUGGUCUGUGUGGCGAUUACGAUGGAGAUACCAAAGAUGACUUCCGUAAACCAGAUGGAUCAUUGACCAACAAUGCCAAUGACUUUGGACACAGCUGGAACACGGACCCAGAGUGUAAUAAGAAACCCAACACCACCAUCCCUGGGUGUGAUGAGGAAGAGCAAGAACAGUAUGAGAGCUCUGGAUAUUGCGGCAUCCUGCUGGACAAAAAGGGUCCCUUCGCUGUGUGCCAUCCAAAAGUCAACCCCAAUAAUUACUUCAGGGACUGUAUCUUUGAUCUGUGUGAGCUGGAUGGAGCCAAGCCUAUUCUGUGUGAAGCUAUUGAAGCCUACGUGAAUGAAUGCCAGGACCGUGGGGUCAACAUUGGACCCUGGAGGAAUGAAACCUUCUGCCCUCUGAACUGCCCCCCCAACAGCCACUAUGAGCCCUGUGCAGACCCCUGUCAGGAGACAUGUUCUGGGAAUCCUCCCUCCUGCAGUGGGCCCUGCUCAGAGGCCUGUGUGUGUGAUCCCGGCUACAUCCUGAGUGCCGGCAAGUGCGUCAAGAAGAGUUCUUGUGGCUGCAAACACACUAACGGCCAGUAUUAUAAGCCUGGAGAGGAGUUUUAUGUCGAGGACUGUAAGCUGAAGUGUCGGUGUGAUGCUCCCUUCAUUACCUGCGUAGCCUCGGAGUGCCCCCCAAUGCACAAGUGUGAACUCCAGGAUGGAGAGCUGGGAUGCUAUCCCACCGGCUCUCAGGACUGUGUGGUGUCUGGAGAUCCUCAUUACAACACAUUUGACAAGAAGUUCUACAGCUUCAUGGGAACAUGUACCUACACACUGGCCAGAACCUGCAAGAACAACACAGGUCCUUGGUUCUCAGUGGAAGGAAAGAAUGAGGAGAGAGGAGCACCAGGACUGUCCUACCUGAGAAAACUCUACGUCACUGUGAAUGGAGUCACUGUGACCCUAAUGAAAGCCAGGAAGACACUGGUAAAUGGACUGCGGGUGGCCCUUCCUCACUCCCCCUCUCCUCUCAUGUCUCUCAGUCUUGCCGGCCAGUACAUCACCCUGAAGACAACCUUUGGUCUCCAAGUACGCUGGGAUGGAAACCAUUACGCCCAGAUCUCAGUUCCCAGCUCCUACUACGACCAGAUGUGUGGUCUCUGCGGUGACUACGAUGGAAAUCCAGACAAUGACUUCAUCAAACCAGAUGGCACACUGGUGGGAAAUGUCAAUGACUUCGGGAACAGCUGGCAGACAGAAGAGGAUGAGGAUGACUCGUGUAGCCAAGGCACCAAGCCUGACCCGGAAUGUGACCCCAAACUUCAGGCUGAGGUGGUGAAACCAGACAAAUGUGGUAAAAUCAAAGACCCUGCUGGACCCUUCAGGGAGUGCAUCAGCGUGGUAAAUCCCACUCCAUUCUUCCAGAGCUGUGUGUAUGACAUGUGUCAGUUCAAUGGACAGCAGCAUGUACUGUGUGACCAGCUCCAGGCCUACACUGAUGCCUGCCUGAGCACCGGAGCCAAAGUCCACCAAUGGAGGACUCCAGACUUCUGCCCCCUGGCCUGUCCUCCCAAUAGCUCCUACUCCCUGUGUGUGAGUUCGUGUCCAGAGACGUGUCUGGGUGUGGUUGGACAGCCCGGCUGUGAGGAUGUGUGUGUGGAGGGAUGCGAUUGUAAUCCAGGCUUCAUCCUCAGCAACGACAAGUGCGUGGCACUGAAAGACUGUGGCUGUGUGGACCCCAGUGGUUCCUACCACCCUGUGAGUGAUGACUGGUACUUGAAGGGUUGUGAGCAGAAGUGUAUGUGUAACAGUGGAGGUUUGAUACAGUGUCACAACACCAGUUGUAAACCAACUACUGAGAGCUGCCAGCUACAUGAUGGAGAAUAUGAAUGUCGUCCCCUGGGAAAUGGUAUCUGCUCAGUAUCUGGUGAUCCCCACUAUACCACCUUUGACAAACACACCCACCAUUAUAUGGGAGCCUGCUCCUACACCCUGACCAAACCUUGCAAUGACUCCUCUGACAUGCCAUACUUCACCGUGGACACCCAGAAUGAACACAGAGGAAGCAAUAAGAAGGUUUCCUAUGUCAGGGCUGUGGUGAUCAAUGUGAGCGGAGUGACUGUCAUCCUCGGCAAGGGUCGCACAGUGCAGGUCAAUGGGACAGUGGUUGUCCCACCUGUCACCUCCAUCAGUGGAGUGAAGAUCUACUUGAGUGGAAAGUUUGUUGUCCUAGAAACAUCCUUCGGGCUAAGGGUGCGUUUCAGUGGCGACCACCAUGCUGACGUUACUCUGCCAACCACCUACAAUGGCCUGCUCUGUGGCAUGUGUGGAAAUUUUGAUGGAAACUCCAAAGAUGACAACUUGAAACCAGACAAUACACCAGCUGCUAACACCAAUGAACUGGGAGACAGUUGGCAGGUUCCUGACCCGCGGCCUGACUGUACCAAUGGUGGAGGACAGGAAGACUGUGAUAAAGAGGUGGAGGAGGAGGCCAAGAAGCCUACCAGCUGUGGCAUGAUCACUGAUCCCAAUGGUAUCUUUAAACCCUGCCACUCUGUUGUGCCCCCCGAGCCAUACUUUGGAAACUGUGUGUACGAUAUGUGUGCCACUGGAGGUCAAACCGUGGCUUUGUGCCAGGCCAUAGAGAGCUAUGCUGACAUGUGUGCUGUUGCAGGAGUCCCCAUCGCAUGGAGAAACAAUACCUUCUGUCCUCUGAAGUGCCCCCCAGGCAGUCAUUACAACCCAUGCGGCCCCGCUUGCCUGCAGCCUACAUGUCAGGACCCUGCGGGCUCCGGUGGCUCCUGCAACCAGCCCUGUGUGGAGGGAUGUGUUUGUAACCCCGGGCUUGUCCUUAGUGGAGACAAAUGUGUCCCACUCACCGAUUGUGGAUGUACUGAUGAAGACGGAAAGUACCGGCCAGUGGGAGACUCUUGGUUCACUGAGAUGGACUGCUCGGAGCGCUGCAAGUGUAACACCAACCACAACAUCACCUGCGAGCCUUGGCAGUGCAGCCCUGCACAGGAGUGUAAAGUUGUAGAAGGAGUACUGGACUGCCACUCUACAGGUACAGGAGUGUGUCACGUGGCUGGAGAUCCCCACUACUACACCUUCGAUGGUGUGAUGCACACAUUCAUGGGUACCUGCACUUACACCUUGGUAGAGGUGUGUAACACUACCAAGGUAACUCCAUUCAAGAUAGUGGCUAAAAACGAGGAACGUGGUCAACCAGAGGCCUCUUAUGUUCGCUCCGUUAAAGUCUAUUUGCCUCAUGACACUGUGGUUGAACUGCAAAAGAGCCGCAGAGUUCUGCUGAACGGACGGCGGAUGCGAACCCCAGUUUCCAUUGACUUAGUCGGAGCCAAGGUGAUAUCCAGUGGAUCUUACAGUCUGCUGGAUACGAACUUUGGUCUGCAGGUGAAGUUUGACGGAGUCCAUCACCUUGAGAUCACUGUUCCUGGAGAGUACUUCAACAAGCUGUGUGGCAUGUGUGGGAACUACAACCACAACUCCUCUGAUGACAAUCUGAUGCCCAACAAGAAACCAGCCAAGGAUGUGAUUGAAUUAGGCAACAGCUGGAAAUCAGAUGGAGACAGUGAUCCUGGUUGUCAGCCAGACACUCGUCCAGACAUCCACCCAAACUGCACCUCAGAAGAGGAGAAGCUGUAUGAGACUCAGUGUGCCGCGGUCAUCCUCUCUGACCUCUUCAAGCCCUGCCACUCUUUGUUGCCCCCUGAGGCUUUCCUAGGUAACUGCAUCUACGACAUGUGCGAGUAUGACGGCAUGCAGGCUACGCUUUGUGACAAUGUGGAGGCAUAUGCUCAGGCCUGUCAGAGUGCCGGAGUAACCAUCAGCUGGAGGAACAACACUUUCUGCCCCCUGCCCUGCCCUCCUAACAGCCACUACUCAGACUGCACCGCCCCCUGCCCCCCAACCUGCUCUGACCUCUUCCCCAUCUUCUGCCACCUACCUCCAACCACCUGUGUGGAAGGCUGCCAGUGUGACGCCGGCUACGUCCUCAGUGACAACAAGUGUGUUCCCCUGGACAAAUGUGGCUGUCUGGACUCAGAUGGAGAGUACCAUGAUGUGGGAGACUCUUGGCUGACAGAUAAAUGUGCUGACUCAUGUACCUGUAAUCUUGGAGGCAAAAUCACGUGUAAGGACCACAGCUGUAAUUCCAACUCAGUGUGUGCCCUGGACAAGUACGGAGACCUCUACUGCAAACCCACCCAGUUCAACAAGUGCAGCGUCUCUGGGGAUCCUCACUACCGAACAUUCGAUGGUUUCACCCAUCACUUCCAGGGUCCCUACACCUACGUCUUGACUCAGGGCCACAACCUGCAGAACUCUAUGAUUCCCCUGGUGGUGAGGGGGAAGAAUAUCAGACGUGGGGGGAACAGGAAAGUGUCGUUCCUGGAUCAGAUGUACAUUGACGUUUACGGUGUCAAUGUUCGUUUCCUGCAGAAGAAGACCAUCCUGGUGAACGGAGAGCGUGUUGCACCUCCUCUUAGCCCAGUUGGUGGUUUAACUAUCACAAUGAAUUCCAGGCAGGUCCAGCUCACCACUGACUUUGGACUUACUGUACGCUUUGAUGGCAACAGUCGUGGAGAGGUCAUACUGCCCAGCACCUACAAGAACUCUGUCAGAGGCCUGUGUGGUAACUACGACGGCAUCACCAGAAAUGAGUACAUGAAGCCAGACGGGACGGUGGUCAGGGACCUGAACACGUUUGGAGAAAGCUGGAGAGUCAGUGACCGACAGGGUGAUACACUGCAAAUAAUCAACCUUCCUCACACAGUCCACCUCCACAGGCGAGAGGUGGAGACUGAUCCGGACUCAGGAUUUGAGACAUCAGACUGCUCUCAGUCUCAGCUGAAUGACUACAACAGUGUGGCUCAGUGCGGAGCGUUGUCCGACUCCAAGGGACUGUUUGCUGCCUGCCAUGCGACCCUGCCACCUAAAACCUACCAGGAUGACUGUGUGUUUGACCUGUGUGCUGAACGGGGCAGUGCAAUUCUGCGUUGUGCUAGUUAUGAAGCAUAUGCUGCAGCAUGUCAGGAGGCUGGAGUCAAACUGGGAACCUGGAGGCAGCAGCUGGACUGUGUCCUCAACUGUGACGCCAACAGCACCUAUUCCUCUUGUAUGUCAUCUUGCCCCGCUUCUUGCGCCGACCUAGCAGCACCUUCCGGGUGUGACACCACUUCCUGUAUGGAAGGGUGCCAGUGCAACACAGGGUUCGUCAUGAGUGAGGGAAUCUGUGUGCCAUACCCUCAGUGUGGCUGCACCUACCUCAACAGAUACUACCCUCUGAAGGAGAAAUUUGUGACUGAGGACUGUUCUCAGUCCUGUGAAUGCACCAACACCGGCGUUGUGUGCCAACCUAAGACCUGCCAGGACAGUUACAUCUGCACCAUCUACGACUUUAAACGCGACUGCUACAAAGCAAGCCCCUGCCUCAGUUACCCCUGUCUGAAUGGAGGAAAAUGUAAGGAGGCCAGUAACAACAGUUACACCUGUCAGUGUGCAGAGGGCUUUGAGGGCACAAACUGUGAGGUGGAGAUAACACAGAGCGGAGGACUGGAAACCAGGUGGGUUAUCCUGAUUGCGGUCCUGGUCCCAGUGGCUGUCAUCAUCAUUGUGACCACCAUUGUGUGUGUUAGCAAACGCAAAACCAAGUCACAUGUUUAUGUAAUUCAGAAGCAGCAGUCAUCUCACAGUGGGAAAAAGAAGAUAACGGAGAAAAAACUCAGCAUGAAAUCAACAAGUGUACCAUAUAAAAACAUGGAUGAGGGAAGAAAUGAUAAAGUGACUACUAUGUGAUGACAGUUUUAUCUGAAUCAAACAAACACCUGAUAUGAGGCGAAGUUCAUUCAACAUGCCUGAGAAAAAUAAAACACUGUAAGAAAUGAA